CACAGGCGAAGAGCAUGGCCAAUGUCUCCAUACAUACCCCCGCCAUCCCCAAACAGCAUGCUGCAGAGAGUGAAGCCAAGCUGAAAAAAGCUCUGUCGAAGAACGCCGCGUCUGUCCAUUCGACGCCGAUGCCGCAAUACGUGACACUGCCGCCCUCGCAGUCAUCUCAUGGUCAUGUCAUGAUGCGCAAACCGAUCAGAACAAAACUCCAGGCUUAAUCGCCACCCCAUAGACUUCUCCUGCUUUCUUGCUUUGGGACUUUGUAGAUAUGCCUUGACCGGCACAUCACAAGCUGACUGAUAUGUUUCUCUCGUUUGUUGUUUCGACAUCUCUCUUCUUUCUUUGCAUACCUAUACAUAGACGUCCUCUCUCUCUCUCUCUCGCUGUUCGUUCAUCUUGUCGUCGCAAUCUCUCCGUCCAUUCCCUCGCAAUAUGUUUUCCCUAGCCUUAUCCCCACUCAGACGCAUACCACGCGUCUCAGUCUACACCUUCCGUCCACAUCGGCACUACCGCUAUCCUCUAAUAUUGGUACAUCUCGCGCUCGCAAGCAUUGACUCCUCACACAGGAUGCAGGGUUUUUUCCAUGUUUUACACUGGGCUUGUGCUGGGUCUCGCAUACUUUUUUUUUCAUACGCGUACACAUAAAAAAAUCGAGACCGGUUUUUUAUUG